GAGAAAAUCCGACCCGGCAAAGUCCGAAGCUACCUUGGUUUUGCAGAAAUGGCUUGUCGGUCAAGUAAAAACAAGUAUAGAACAAACCAAUUCUCUCUUGUCUAAAAUAAAAGACUAACAAAACAGUCGCUUCUUAGCUGCUAAGGAUUUUAUUUUUCUGAAGCUCUAACAAAUCAGAUCAAAGAUGUUUCUCACAAGAACUGAGUAUGAUAGAGGUGUGAACACAUUCUCUCCUGAAGGAAGAUUGUUUCAAGUUGAAUAUGCUAUUGAAGCCAUUAAGUUGGGAUCCACGGCAAUUGGGAUAAAGACUAAGGAAGGCGUUGUUCUUGCUGUUGAGAAGCGGAUUACCUCUCCACUUCUGGAGCCAAGCAGUGUGGAGAAAAUUAUGGAAAUUGAUGAGCAUAUUGGCUGUGCGAUGAGUGGAUUGAUAGCUGAUGCAAGGACUCUUGUUGAACAUGCACGAGUUGAAACUCAGAACCACAGAUUUUCUUAUGGUGAGCCCAUGACUGUUGAGUCCACAACACAAGCUCUGUGUGAUUUGGCCCUGCGAUUUGGGGAGGGUGAUGAAGAGUCUAUGUCCAGACCUUUUGGUGUAUCACUUCUCAUUGCUGGCCAUGAUGAGAAUGGUCCGAGCCUAUAUUAUACUGAUCCUUCUGGCACUUUCUGGCAAUGCAAUGCAAAAGCCAUUGGUUCAGGUUCAGAAGGUGCUGACAGCUCUUUGCAGGAGCAAUUCAACAAGGAUCUCACCCUUAAGGAGGCUGAAACGAUUGCACUGUCAAUUCUAAAGCAAGUGAUGGAAGAGAAGGUGACUCCCAAUAACGUUGAUAUUGCGAGGGUAUCUCCAACUUAUCAUCUCUACUCGCCUGCUGAGGUGGAAACUGUUAUCAGCCGCCUAUAAGAAAGCUCUAUUGUUACGCUUGUUACCCAUUUCUCUAUUAUGGGCAAUGUUUACUUCCAACUGUUCUAGAAUUUGUGGAUUGGAUUGCCCGGUGUAGCAUGUUAAAUUAUUAGAGCAUUAUGAGUCAUAGACAAAUGGUCAAUCCCUUUAUGUUGCUUGGAAAUUCCCUAGGAUGGGAUGGAUUGUUUUCUGGCGAGGUCUAAGAUUCACGUAUGGUCGAAAAGAUACGUUUUCCAUGGAAAGGCUAGAGUUACUUUCUAUGCAAUAUUGUGUCUGACGAAA